AUGACGUCUGAAACAGUAACAGAAGGGGGAGAGGUGACACUGACCUGCAGCACCUGCACUCAGAGCAACAACCCCACCCUCAUCUGGUACAAGAACAACCAGCCUGUAUCAAACCAACACACAACCAGAGACAACAAGCUGCAUCUAAACCCAGUCAGCAGUGAGGAUGCAGGCAGUUACUCCUGUGCUGUAAAAGGAGAUGAGAGUCUCUCCUCAACUGCUGUCUUUCUCAAUGUCAGAUAUGUGCCAAAGAAUGUUUCAGUGUCCAUCAAAGCCUCUAGUAAAAUAGAGGACAGUGUAGUGACUCUGACCUGCAGCAGUGAUGCCAACCCACCAGUGCACACCUACACCUGGUACAUGAAGAGUGGAGCUGAAUCUCUUGUUAGGGGCACAGGGGAGAGUGUCAGCUUCAAUCUGACCUCUGAUACCAGUGGACUUUACUACUGUGAGGCACACAAUGAAGUAGGCUCAACAAACUCCAGUCAAACUCCAGUCCAAAUUGUGACAGAAGAUGAUCACGUUGCUGCCAUGAUGUUCCAGGCUGGAAUCAUACUUUUUGUCAUUCUUACAAUCACACUGGUGUUUGCAACUCUGUGGUUGAGCUACUUUCCUGCCAGAGCUGAUGCCAGUGAUGUCUAUGACAACGUCAUGCCAACGACAAUGACCUCUGACCCAGGGCAGAGAGUGGACUCUCAGGGGAUGAAGACGAUGUCCAUUACGCCAGCAUCCAGUUCCAACCACGCACUAAAAAACAAAAGCCUCUCUACAGCAAUAAGAAAAGAGCUCAGCAGCUCAAACAACAUGAGGAUGUUGUCUAUGCCUCUGUUCAACCAAGCCAAUCAAAUACUGCCACCUGGUCUUGGAUUGUCUCAGACAUAUCCUCAUGGAUGA